CUUGUUGAAUUAAAGUUCAUCCCCAAACUGCCCUCCAUCCAACCUCCAAUAAAGACUGCGCGCUCAUUUGAUUAACCCCAGCGUAAUUACAGCGCGCGUCCCCUCUCUGGUUUUCCAGUUAGUCAGUCAUAUUAUUUACAAAUUAGGAGCUUAUUAAUGUGGCUACUGGACUCACAUUAUGUGGGACAAGCUGUGGUGAUGCUGCUGGGAUAUUUUACAUCUUGUAGGCCUGUUUGGUGUCUAACUUCAGUGCGUAAAAAUAUGUCUAGACCAGAUUAAUCCCCAAAGGCAGAACAAGAAUGCUCCCUUUUCAUUAAGAUCUCGUUAGAUUUUGAACCAACAAAGAGCUUUCAUGUGUUUCUGUCAGUGUUAAUCAGCUGAGCUUUAAUAACUAAUACAAUUUCUUUCAGGGGCCACCGGGUUUGCACGGCCUGCUGCGUCCUAAAGCUCUGCAGGACUCCUCCAAUGACUGCCGAGCACUGAGUGUUUUUUGUCAAUAUUAGCGUGACUACUUGUGGGGAAGUUUAUAAUUGGACACGUGUUUCCCCCCGCUUUUUGUCGUUAGGGAUCAACUGAUUUCUUUGUAAUGCGUUUUUAAAGCAAUGAGCGAUCCACAAGGAGGGGUAAAGUGUUCUUAAGAGCUCCCUUUCAGCCUUUAGAAAAGGCCGGGGCGACCCGCCGAGAAACAUGGAGGCCCUGGAAGUAUUUAAUCCAGGAGAUGUGCCCACGCUGCUGUCACAGAGAGGAAGAGAGAGGGAGAUUCAGGCACAUACAGCGACAGACACUCAUCAGAUCUUUGACACGCUAAAAACAAAACUUGAUCAGUCUUCAAACUUAUUUUCCUGCCUGAAACUUAAAGUAAAAACCUGAACAGAGCGUUCAAAAAGGAAAGAAAAGAAGCACACACACACAAAAACUUGUUUAGUGCGUAUAGCAAACAUGGAGGAUAUGCUUUUUGAUUUUGAUCAGGAUGGCACCACCGAUUUUGCGUUUUGGGGACAGAUGGACCAAAACAUCCAGUUUCAAACCCAGAUGGACACCUUCCUUCUGGACUACAACGCGGCAUCAGGCCAGCUCUCUCCCUGGUCCUCUUUUGGCAGUCAGUCCAUGUUCCCGGACGCACAGCUGACCUUCACCGACCUGGACGUGGGUUCCCCGGGGGCGAGCAUCUGCGCCGAGGGCGUGAGCUCCUCCAUGGAUGAAUCUCUAGACGUGGCCAAGCGCAGGGCGCGGCGGCUGGUGUCCCAUCAGCCCUACAAGGUGCAGCGACACGCCGCCAACAUCCGGGAGAGGAAGAGGAUGCUGAGCAUCAAUUCUGCCUUCGAGGAGCUGCGCUGCCACGUGCCAACGUUUCCCUACGAGAAGCGUCUGUCCAAGAUCGACACGCUGAGACUGGCCAUCGCUUACAUCGCCCUGCUGAGAGAGAUCCUCAUGUCAGGCUGCGACCCCAAAUCCUACGUGGAUGAGUGCAUGAAGAGCGGCUACAAGAACCGAACCAACGCCAUCUGGAACACAAGCGGUGAGCUCAGACACACAGUUAGCCCCAAGAAACCUGUAAAGUCACAUCAGGCCAAAUUAAUUAUAUUUACAUCAACUGUUUACCACGAUUAUAAAAACCUGAACUUGUCCAGGUUUCUGCAAAAUAUUUAGACAUAUUAGAAAUAUUUAGGAAAAUGUACAAGGCAGAUGUUUUAUGAUUUAAACAGGUGCAAGGAGAACUAAAGUAUUUUACCUAAAAGUGGAAUUACUUUGAUGGCGUUUUACUGAAGUAGAAGUAAAACUAUCAAACCUAAUCUACUUGAAUGAAAGUUAAAAGUUUGACACAAAAAUAACUCUAAGUUCUGAGUACUUGGUGCCCUCCUUAAAUUAUGUAAAAGCAUUUUUUUUGGUUAGUAUUGCACUUUGCAGAUAUCCCUACACCCUCAUAUCAAGGUUGGCCUUGCAAGCAAAGUUUUAUUGAUCAUUUUCUUAAAACUGUUUCAGAUUCAGAUUUAGACUUUAUUGUCAUUGUACACCAAGUUAUAACAAAAUUAGUUUAGGAUGCUCUUCCCAGUUUGCAACAAAAGCAAUAAAUAUAAGAACAGUAAAUAUAAAAACAAUAAGUGUAAAAGCACAUAGUAUAAAAACAAUAUAAUACGGCCUACUAAAAAAAACUUUAAAUAAUGAAAUAUACCAUCCUAAAAGAAAACUUAACCUUCCUCUCAUCCACACAUCAGUACAGUACUUAUCUCAGGGAAAUUUUAGCUGGAGUUUCAGCUUCAAAUAUCUUAAAAUAAGAUUUAUGUUUGGGCUUGUCAUGUGUAUAAUGUAGCUUUAAUUAUGUGUCACGGGGUACUUUGACCAAAUUCACUUGGUAAGAUUUAAGAUUUUUGCAGUGGAGACAUCAUCAGAUCUGCUGAUUUGCAUGCAAUUGCAGGAGAGCUUGUAUGUUUUAAACUUAACUUUAUUCAGUAAUUGAAGUCGUCUAAAAUAAUCACAAAGUAGAAAACUUAAAGCAGCAAACACUGAAUCAAAAGUAGAAGUACUAAAAGUGCACAAAAAGAUACUCAAUAACAGCAAAUUUCACUUUCUUUAUCAGUAAUAAGCUGUAACAUGUUGACACGAUAGCUGUCCAAAUUCUCUACGGCCAAAUUAGCUCAGGUCUGCAAAGUGCUUUUUAUAUCAUUUCAGAGGCCUGACAUUAAUCCACCGUGAGAAAGCAUUCGGUGAUAGCAGCGAAAGAAAUCUGUCUUUGAAUGGACAGAAACCAAGAGCAGAGGUGGAUCGCCAUCUGCCACACACUCUUCUUUUUCUACGUCUUUUUAACAUUAAGACUUAAGAGACUUUUAAUGCUCCAUCUAAAUCAAAUUAAUCAAGAAUUGUCUGUUGUUGUUCGCAGUAAUCCCAUUGUAGGGAUUUUAAACACACACCAUUGUUAACAUUGUUUAAUUGAGGUGUUCUUCUCCUGCGUACGCUCAUGUUACUAAAGCCCAAUCACCUGUAUGUUCUCCACCUCCUUGUGUUUAACUAAUUCUGUGGGAAUCUGAUCUGAAGCCUCUUUACGUGGCUUUUCAGCGUUAAGUGCGCCCCCGUCCUUCAGCUCCAGACCCUGAACUUGUUAAACAGUCAUUAAAAUGUAUUAAAACUUAUGUGUUUGUUCUGCUUUUGUCUCCCUCUGCGCCCUCAGAUCUGACAGCCCGUCUCUCUUGGAUAAAGUGGGAUUAACUGCGGCUCAUGGGGCACCCCCAGUGUUUGAGUUCAGGUUCGUCUCUCUACAUGUCAAAGACAGGCGUGGCAGAACCCACCGAUCGACAUCUGCAGACUUCUCACCGGGUCGCACACCUCAGGCUUUCUCAAUCCUCUCACUCCUGCGUCGUCCGUGGCUUUUAAUAUUCUAAUUUAUUGUCGACUGGUAAUGGAGAGCCGUUGUUUUCAGAGCUGGGGGACAGACAGAGGGUUGGCAUUGUUUGCCCACAUGGAUGGCACUUGUCCUCGAGAGAGGGGGGCACACUGGCACGGGAUUGAAUGGACUUCCUAAGGGCUCAUACUUCUGCACGCAGCGCUGAAGUGUUUUCUGGACCGGCGCUCAUUAGUCUGCGAGUCGAUGUGUUAAAAAGAGCCUUGAUCAUGUAAAUGAGACAAUGGGCGCGCUGAUCAGGGAAGUGUGCUCUAGCAUGUCAGCUGCCAAACAUGGCAGUGUUGUUUGUUUCAUGUGGACCCUCUAUCAUCUGCUUUGUUAUUUAUUUAUUUAUUUACAUAUUUAUUUAUCUAUUCCUUUAUUUAUUUGAAUUAUUUCUUAUUUAUAAUAACAUGAUUUCUUGGGUAUGUAUUUGUACAAACUGAUUUUGUAAUGUUUUGUAAUUAAGCCGGCCCUGUGGUGUUUUUGAUUUUAGUGAACUGCACAUAAAAAAGCUGUUUUAUAUUAA